CACCUUUCAUUCAGUUACCACGAGUACUCGUACAGGCCAUGUUGGACAUUAGUUGACACUCACUAGAAACCUCAAUCACUCACUCUCACCAUCUCCAACACUCAAAAUGCCUGCGGUCCAGCGCAACGGGCGCUCUACUGCCCGACCGGAAGAGGGAGAGAAAUCCAAGCCUGAAGCUGCAUCCCCAUCCAACACUCCAAUGCCAAAUUCGAGAGAAAGACCUUCUCCCUACCUACUCUUGAUCUACCCUAUUAUCCUCGCUCUCGGGUCAGCCUACUCUGUCCUCUCACCAGUCGCUGUCCCUCCUCCCGUGGCUCCAUUGGCUCCGGGCGUCACUGCCGAAAUCAACAGCCCAGCAAUACCACACACGAAUUACUUCUCCGGCAAACGGAACAUUUUCAAUCUCUACUUUGUGAAAAGAGGCUGGUUCUGGACGACGCUGGCUCUCAUCCUCCUUCAGCUCUCAACUCGGCCCCCGCCAGCUCUUAAGCAAAAGCACUACUUUCAAACCGCCCUGCGCUACAUCUUGGCUACUGUGUCUUGGUUUCUUACAACCCAAUGGUGUUUCGGCCCUGCGCUGAUCGACCGCAGCUUUACCAUCACUGGCGGUCACUGCGAGCCUCAUCUCAUGAACGGAAACGGUCUGAAAGAAGCCGUCCAUAUGACGACAAUCACUUCGGGCCCAGUUUGCAAGGCAGCUGGCGGACGCUGGCGAGGUGGCCAUGAUAUCUCUGGCCACGUCUUUAUGCUUGUCUUGUCCUCCGCUUUCCUCAUUUACGAACUCUACAUCUCCGACCGUGACUCCUCGCAUCCCCAUGUUUCGCCGAAAGCCGCAGCUGCAUUGGCGCAUGACAUGACCGAAGAAGAGCGCAGGGCUGUCGGAGGAUGGGAAUCAGAAACAGCUGCCAAGAUACGGAUAUGGUCGAGAUAUUUCUUGUACGGGGUGGUUGGGUUGGAUUUCUGGAUGCUCAUGAUGACGGCGAUAUGGUUUCAUACAUGGCUGGAAAAGUUGAGUGGCCUGUUGAUUGCUGGCCUGACGGUAUAUGGUAUCUACUUUGUCGGCGACUAUGUCCCGCAUUGGAGAGGUGUUGCCGGUGGAUUAUGACCUGUUCAGGAGGAAAUCCCAGGCAUGAAUAUUAUUGGAAUAGAGGCUGACAACCUUGUCGUAUUAGCGAGAAGGAAUUGCACCAUGAAUGGAUAGCGCCGCAACGCGUUUGUGACUAUGGUUGAACAACGGUAUCUGCGCAUGGACGCCCUAAAUUCCGCUUCCUACCUGCUCUGGCAUAGCGCUUGAACGAUUCAAGAAAUAGAUUUCUCUCUCCUACGAGGCGAUUGGCAAAAUUCCCAUCGAGCAGUGCGAGCGGUAUAAUGGCCGAGUAGCAAACCAUAGGUCGGUCCAGAAAUUAUAAUGAUACAUAACU